CCUCCUUCCUGUAGCCCGGUUGAGGAAGUGAAUUUCGAUGACAGGGCUGGGUUCAGUGAGGGAGAGGCGAACAAAACAUCUUCCGCGGGGGACUAAAAAAACACACAAAACAACAGCAGACGAGCGAAGAGAUUUGAUAAGCCCACUGCAAAACUAAGGUGUAGAGACAUCGGUGAAAUCUUCCUCCCUGCCCCGCUGAGACGGCCGCAGACAUGAACGACCAGCAGCUCGACUGUGCCCUGGACCUGAUGAGGCGUCUGCCUCCUCAGCAGAUCGAGAAGAACCUCAGCGACCUCAUCGACCUGGUGCCCAGUCUGUGCGAGGACCUCCUCUCUUCUGUGGACCAGCCCCUGAAGAUUGCCCGGGACAAAGUGGUGGGGAAAGACUACCUGCUCUGUGAUUACAACAGAGACGGCGACUCCUACAGAUCCCCAUGGAGUAAUAAGUAUGAACCUCCCAUUGAAGAUGGUGCUAUGCCUUCAGCCCGCCUGAGGAAACUCGAGGUCGAGGCCAACAACGCCUUCGACCAGUACAGAGAUCUGUACUUUGAGGGUGGCGUGUCCUCUGUGUACCUCUGGGACUUGGAUCAUGGCUUCGCUGGAGUUAUUCUCAUCAAGAAGGCCGGCGAUGGAUCCAAGAAGAUCAAAGGGUGCUGGGACUCCAUCCAUGUGGUGGAGGUGCAGGAGAAGUCCAGCGGUCGUACUGCUCACUACAAACUCACCUCCACCGUCAUGCUGUGGCUCCAGACAACCAAGACCGGCUCCGGCACCAUGAACCUGGGCGGCAGUCUUACGAGACAGAUGGAAAAAGACGAGACAGUUGGAGAGUCCUCACCCCACAUCGCCAACAUCGGCCGCCUUGUCGAGGAUAUGGAGAACAAGAUUCGCUCCACACUGAAUGAAAUCUACUUUGGCAAGACCAAGGACAUCGUCAAUGGCCUAAGGAGUGUUCAGACUCUGGCUGACAAGUCAAAGCAGGAGGCUCUGAAGGUCGACCUGAUGGAGGCACUCAAACGCAAACACAACAGCUAGAGUUGCUACUGUUUUAGUUUUUUUUUCUGUCUCUCUCACUCUCCGCCUCAUCUCCGCCAUCUUUUCUCUGUUUCUCUUCGUCUCUCCCUCCACGCCUGUUUCAGUGCCGCACUCUUGUUUAUUUGUGGAAAAAACAAAAAAGGAGAAAAUGCUUAGCUUUUUAUUUGUUUUUGUUUUUCUGUCUGGUUUUUGUCUUCAUGCAUCUCAUCUGCCAUGAAGCCAGUCCCUCACGCUCCCUCUGUCUCUCUUCACCCCUCUCCUCUCUCCCACGUUCUGAAUAUAAUGAUAGUAUUACCACGGUUAAUGAUAAUCUUACAGUGUGAGGGUCAUUGUUGUAAUAAUCCCUGAUGUUCUCACAGCUGAUAUGUCCUCGGUCAGUUUCAAACUCACGACUUUGGCCCGGCUCUUCCUCCGUGUCCAGGAAGCGGACACAGACUGUGCUGUAGGUGGUGUAGGCUCGGUGGGGCUGUCAUUAUGUACAUCAAAUUGAUUUCAAGCACCUACUUUUGUCUACGACACCCCUGAUAUAUUUGUAUAAAAUUAUUACUGUUGGCGUAUUACUGUCAUUCUUCUUAGUAAAUGGUGUGAACACGAGGGCGGCCUUCGGUUUAUGUUAGAAGGUUUUUACUUUAAUUCCACUCAUGCAUGUGAGCCUGUGUGGUGCUGCAGUGAGUGGAAAUGUAGACCUAUCAAACAUGGGGAUGGACUGUUAUAAUCACCGGGUGAUUACACCCACAUGUCAACCCAACCCCCCCUACACUGUGUAUAACAUGACAGUCAGCCCCCCCUCUGUUCAACUUUUCUCUCCUCACCUACAGUACUAUGUCUUUGUUGGGGGUCACAGUUUGUCUUUGUGUCUCAGUGGAAACCUUUGACUGUUUCCAUUUUGGAGGGGAAUCUUUUUUGUUGUAUUUUUGUUUUGUUUUUAUUUUGUAAAGCUUAUGAUUCAUAUUGUAUUAGAGCCUCCAGCAACAAUAAAAACAGUAAAAAGCUA